AUGGCACGCUCCUACUCUGUGAAAAGUCAAAAUAUUUGGAAAUCAAUUGAAAUAAUAACGGUUAAUGGAUUUAAUUUAAAUCAAUCUGUAUCGUCAAAUUUACUAAUAAAAAUAAACGAACAAUUUCCAAAUCUUAAAUGUUUGAAGUUCCAUUUAAAUUUGCAUUUUGAAGAAAAUAAUAAUGAUAUUGUUUUAAAAAGUUCUACAUUAAGAACGGUUCGCACAAUUGAACUUUAUCGAAUACAACAGCAACAGCCAAAUAUAAAAUUAUUACCACAAUUUUUACCAAAUCUAUGUACAUUAAAUAUUGAUUAUUUCAGUUUAUGUAAAAUAACAAAAUUGUUUUCAACAUAUGAAUACGAGAACAGGUUUUUAAGAGAUCAAAUUAAUGAAUUAAAUAUCGAUUUUGAAUCGCAUUUUUACAGUUUAAAUGACAUUGAUUUAUUAUUUAUCUAUUUCUAUAAAAUAAAAAUUAUAACAUUUUUAUUUAAAUUUAAAGUAACAAUAUUUUCAGCAUCAUCAAUUGUUUAUGAAAUUUUAUUACAAUUAUUAAAAACAACAACAACAACGACUCCCUUAGCUUACUUAAAAAUACAUUUUUGGUUAAAUACAAUUACAGACGACGAUAUAGAUUGUUUUAAAAACAAAUUAAUUCUAUAUUUUAAUAAUGAUGAAAAAAUGUUUAAUAUACAUUAUGAUCAAAGCUCCUUAGAAUAUUGGACAUAA